AUGGCAGCCCCGCUAUCUUUCUUACGGCCGUCGGCCUUGAGGGCCCUCGAACGACUUCCAUUGGGUUCCGCCUCAAGACCGAUAUCGAUACCGAGCCGUCGAUGUCUCGCGACCUUCGCCCCGCGGCCUCAUCGAUUUGGCCCCACUACCACCACCACCACUACCUCGGGCUUCGCCCCACUUUAUCAACGACGAAGUUAUAGCGAUUCGAAAUCUGGAGAAUCCGAACUUACGGAGGGGUCAGUUACGGAGGAGGCGUCAAAGACAGCUGAGAUCAUGGGAGACGAAGGAGUUAAUGUGGAGGAGUUUGGGACACCUGCCAGCGAGAUCUUCAAGCGGGAAAAUGACGUCGAGAACGCACCAGAAAUCGUCAAAGAAGAACUCAGCAAACCCACGACAUCCCUCCUGUCUGCCGAAACAACAGCCAUGCUAUUCCCUCCGGAUGCCCUGAACGAAUUCUCCAAUCCGACCCCAAAAGUCGUCGUUCCACCUUACAGACCUGCAAUUCCUCUCCUACCGAUCCCAGCGCUGCAUAGCAUUCACCAUAGAGACCAUCCGCUAUUACGACAAUUAACUCCAUGUUUCAUGAAGCAUGGAGAACUCGCGACCGCCCAGGCAACGGUACAAAAGAUUCUUCAAAUCCUUCGUACAAAGCCUGCACCCAGAGAAGGGAAAUACCCGCUUGUCCCCAACGCACCGGAUCUUUCAUUACUCCCCGGAGAUCCCGUGGCAUAUCUACAAACAGCAAUUGAUUCUAUAGCUCCAUUGUUUAAACUCAAGAGUACUCGUGGAUCCGGAGGCAGUGUUAACCAAGUACCUGUCCCCUUGCCAGUCAAGACAAGGAGGAGGAAGGCCUUACAAUGGAUGUUACAAGCUGCUGACGGAAAGAAGAGGAUGAAGAGUUUACCGGAGAGGUUCGCGGAGGAAGUUGAGAGUGUGGUUUUAGGGACUAGCAGCUGUUGGGAUAAACGGUUGGCGGUGCAUAAGCUUUGCGUGACGAAUCGAGCGAAUGUAUCUGAUACGGGAGGGAAGAAGAAGAAGAGGAUGGGGAGGUAA